AUGAACUUCAGCUCCAAUCCGAGUGGCAGUCCCAGUGCCAGCCAAUCGAUCUAUAGGAGCUACCUGAUGCACUCGAGGAUCGACAUGCAGGCCGAGGACGCCAAUGCCUAUGUGGCCAGGGCCCUGCGCCUGGUCAUCGAGAACGUGCUGGCCCAGCUGAGCACCACGCUGGUGGUGACCAUCUCCUCUCGCCACCUGGGCACCGGCCAGUGGUUCGAGUACAUGAUGAACAACCUGAUGGACUCGUGGCGAAUGGUGGCCGUCCAGCUGCUGCGCUUCCGUCCGGAUUUGGUGGCCGCUCCCGUGCCCGGAAGGAAGCGGGUCAACCUGCUGAUGGUGGACUCCUUCGCCGGACUAUUGGACACCAACAUCGCGCAGAGCAAUGCGGACUUCGAUGACCCGGACUACUACUUCAUCUUUCUGCAGACGCGGGAUCACCUCAUUCCCCGCGAGCUGCAGCUGAUCCUGGACCACUGCUUGGCCCACUUCUGGCUGCACUGCAACGUGAUGAUCCAGACCGCCCAGGUGGAGGUGCUGGUCUACACCUACUAUCCCUACACGGCGGACAGCUGCCAGGCGGCGCAUCCCGUGCAGGUGAAUGCCUUCGAUGGCCGGCACUGGAGGCGCAACUCCAAGAUGUUCCCGGAUAAGCUCAACCAGAUGCACGGCUGUCCACUGACCGUGCUCACCUGGCACCAGCCGCCCUUCGUGGAGCUCGUCGGGUAUGCCUCGGAGAUUGGCCAGCGGGCUGGUGGCUUCGAGAUCCAGCUGGUGGAGCACAUGGCCCGCCGGAUGAACUUCAGCCUGCAGCUGGCCGACAUUGCGGUGCAGCGACCGGAUGCCCACCGCCUGGCGGAGGGUGCCAAGGAAGGACCCAUCGAAAGGCUCCAGGACCGGAAGGCCAACCUGAGCAUGGGCUAUUUCCGGAAGACGGCGCGCCGGAACCAGCUGCUGACCACGCCCAUGUCCUACUACUCCGCCAACCUGGUGGCCGUCCUCCAGCUGGAGCGCUACCGCAUCAGUUCCCUGGCCCUCCUGGCGUUUCCCUUCGAGCUGUCCGUCUGGCUGCUCCUGCUCCUGGCUCUGCUCAUCCACCUGGGCCUCCACCUGCCGGGGAGGAGUUCAAGUCCCGGUAGACACGAUGGUAGUGGUGGCCUGCAGGUGGUGGCCCUGCUUCUGGGGGCCGCCCUGGCCCGCCUGCCACGCCCCUGGAGGCACCGCUUCAUCGCCGCCCACUGGCUGUGGGCCAGCAUUCCCCUGCGGAUAUCCUACCAGUCCCUGCUCUUUCACCUGAUCCGCCUGCAGCUGUACAGCACACCGUCCUUCUCCCUGGAACAACUGCUGGCGGAGGGCUUCCAGGGCAUUUGCACGGCGAACACCGAGCGGUUGCUCCUUGAGAUGCCACUGGUGGCCCGCAAUCCGGGUAGCCUUCACUCCCUGGACACCGCCUCCGAUUGGGAUGUUCUCAGUGCCCUCCAGAGGAAUCGCAAUGGGAAAAUAUUCGCCGUGACCAAUCAGGAUGUCACCCGAUCCUUUAUGCACUCCUCCAGUCAACCCGAUGCCUAUCACGUGGUCAAACAGCCCGUGAAUGUGGAGUACAUCGGAAUGUACAUGCCCAAGCACUCGUUUCUCUUCGAGAAGGUGGACGACUGCAUCCGGCGACUGGAUGCCAGUGGAUUCAUCCACGCCUGGCAACGGGCAGCCUUUGCCGGCGUCCAUCGGAGGGAGCAGAUGACGAUGACCAGCCGGCGGUACGUCAACCACGCCAAGCUCUCCGGGAUUUACGUGGUCAUGUCGGGGAUGUACCUCCUCUCCGGUCUCGUGUUCGCAGGGGAGCUCGUCCUCCGGCGGAGAAGCUGGAGAGUCCUUAAAUUCUACAAAUAA